UCCGUCGUGGGAGACGAAGUACUACUUUUCACAUAGAUUUUUAAGAGUCCCGUGCGCCUCAUUUUUUAUAUCAGUCUGUGGUAGGUACCUAGGUCAUGGAAUUAGUAGGUACUACGUAGGUAGGUACAACCUACUAAUUCCAUGACAUAAGUACGGAACUCGGCUGUCUGGUUGGCAGGAGUGGCAGGCAGGCAACAUAAAUAUCUGAAACUAAAGUGAAGUGACUUGCGAUUGCUUGCGAUGUACCUAGUGGCGGGCUGGCGGGAAAGUAGAAAUAUUUUUUUGAGAAAAGAUAGUACCUACUAGUACCUACCCUUGUUUAUUUUUAUACAAAUCACGAACACAAAAAAGAAACAAAAACAUUCAGUCACAUUCAUCACAAUACGUGCAAUAAGUGCAAUUAAUAUCUACCUAUCAUGGAUCAAGAAAAAAUGAUCCAAGAAAUAUUUGAAAGUGAGAAAUAUAAAUCUCUACCCGCAGAGGUAUCUUUACCAGCAUUAUUAAAAGAUAUAAAUGCAUUGUUACAAUAUAAAGUCGACAACAUGGAAUCUGUGUUGUUAGGCGUCGUUGACACUGAUUUUUUGGAUGAGGUCAGAAAUAACCUGAAUGAUUUACUGCCGUUGUAUUUUGGUAAAACCAUAAGGGAUUUAAAGUGCAUUAUUCAAGAUGAUACCUUCCGAGAACAUGAACUUUAUUUUCGUUAUAAUGGACCUAAAAAGUUAUCAGUUAGUAAGAUAUCAAUUCCUUAUUCGCCACUUCAAGACCAAGUAUUUAGUUCCAUAAAAGACAUUAUUGUCACAUUUAAGAAACAUUUGAAUACUUUGCUCAACUAUUUUUAUCAAUUAGAUCGCAUAGAUCGAUUUUGUACUAUAAUGGAACCUAAAGAAUUGAGUUUCAAACAUGACCAUAGGAGAAUAUUACUUGAUGAGAGAACCUGGCUGCAUAUAGAGGUGACACCUGAAGGCCUUGGAACCAAUAUUCAUCUUGUUGGACAAGGCAAGCAGUGGAAUGAGAAGUUACAACAAGGAUUGUUGGCUUGGGAUCAUGACAAGGAUAUAGUAGAUAAUAUUAUGGCUGUUUUUGAUAUAAUGAACUUUCCUGCCUCAACUCUAAACAAAAUUGUUAGCAUAACACCAGUAGUACCCAAAAAGGCAGAUGAACCUGUUGCAGAUAUCAAAGUUUGCAAUAUAUGCCUCUGUGUGGAACUACCUGACAUGUCAGGAAUACCACAGCCUCUCUGCCAAAAUAUCCUAUGUGGUAUAUACUUUCAUAGAAAUUGUUUAUUUCAGUGGUUGGUGGCUUCUUCUGGUGGUCGAGCUCCAGCAUUUGGUGUGGUUACUGGUAGCUGCCCGAGUUGUCUUCAUUCUAUCUCCUGUAGUGAAAAAUAAAACUUUCUAAAGUUU